AUGCCUCGCUCCCCUAGCUGCCCCCGCGCCCUGGUAACCGUCCUAGCCAUUCUUUUGUGGAUAGGCGCAGCCAGCUCGGCGACCCCCUUGGAAGCUGGGCACUACUACCUCCGGCUUAGGGACCGGUGCGCCUCUGACGGCUACAUGACCUGCAUACGCUGCUACAGCCAGGACUGGUCCAACCAGGUGUACGCGGCGCCGGCACGGGACGGCAGGCUGCCGCAGGCGUGGCAGGUGGAGCAUGUGGCGCAAGGCGAUGCCGACGCCUUUGUGCUGCGGCCUCUGGACCCCGAGUGCUGCUCCAACUUCCUGUCGGCGCAGCCUGCCGGCUGCGGGCCCUCGUUCGUGGUGAUAGAGCCCAGCGACCGCUCCAAGCACCCGGCGCAGAUCUACUGGCUGGCAGAGGCAGCCACCGGCGGCGUGCGGGU